AUGCCGUCCACCCAAAAGCCCGCCAUCCUUCUCGUUCACGGCGCCUGGCAUGGCUCCUGGGCCUGGAAACACCAAAUCCCUGAGCUGGAGUCCCUUGGAUACAUCACUCAAAAUCUAGAUCUUCCUUCAGUAUCCGGUGUACCAGGCAAGACGCAACUGGACGAUGCAGCGCACGUGCGACGUGUCCUGGAACCACUCGUAGCCGAAGGCAAGCAAGUCGUCGUGCUGGCGCAUUCAUAUGGUGGACCAAUCGCCUGCGGGGCUAUCACCGGACUGUCUGUCGCCGAUCGGGCCAGGGACAAGCUGCCAGGUGGAGUCUUGGGCUUCAUCAACCUUUGCGGGUACAUAUUUCCGGGAGGCAUGGAUCAAGGCGCUAUUAUUCGCAGCCUAGGUGGCCUUCCUUACGUCAAAUGGGAUACCCCUUCUCCCGGACUCUUUGUCGCCAAAGACCCUGGUAGUCUGUUCUACCGACCCGAUGUUUCGGACCAGCAGGCACAAUGGGCUCUGUCUCAGCUGCAGCCACAGAGCAUGGCUGCCAACAUGGGCAUCGUUCCUCCUCAAGCAUGGCAGGAAGAGGCUUAUAAAGGUCGCUUGGCGUAUAUCAAAGCGAUAGAGGAUGCCGUCAUUCCCCUUUCCGACCAGGAUAGCAUGAUUUCUUCGAGCGGAGGGAACGGAGCUUGGAAUAUUCGUGUCUUAGAGGGAUCUGGGCAUAGUCCGCAGAUUUCUCGACCCAGUGAGGUUGCACAGGCAGUUGAUAGCUUGAUUCAAGACUUUUAG